AUCGCCCGUCUCGCCUCGAGAUUCGCGCGGCCGUGUCUGGGUCCGCGCGCGCCCCUCUUGCCUUGCCUUGCCUAGCGUCCCAAGCUAGAUCUCUCUGCUCGCACUCCCCUCGGGCACGCACAGAUCUGGCCGGGGCGACCAGGCGGAGGCCGGCCGACGAUUCCAUGGAGUUCGGCGCGCCGGGCGGGAUGCGGCGGUCGGCGUCGCACAACUCGCUCUCCGGCUCCGACGACUUCGACCUCACGCACCUGCUCAACAAGCCGCGGAUCAACGUCGAGCGCCAGCGCUCCUUCGACGACCGCUCCCUCAGCGACGUCUCCUACUCCGGCGGCGGCCACGCCAGGGGCGGCGCCGGCGGGGGGUUCGACGGCAUGUACUCGCCGGGCGGCGGGCUGCGCUCGCUCGUCGGCACGCCGGCCUCGUCCGCGCUCCACUCCUUCGAGCCGCACCCCAUCGUCGGGGACGCGUGGGAGGCGCUACGACGCUCGCUCGUCUUCUUCCGCGGGCAGCCGCUCGGAACCAUCGCCGCCUACGACCACGCCUCAGAGGAGGUGCUCAACUACGACCAGGUGUUCGUGCGGGAUUUCGUGCCCAGCGCCAUGGCCUUCCUCAUGAACGGCGAGCCGGAGAUCGUCAAGAACUUCCUGCUCAAGACCGUGCUGCUGCAGGGCUGGGAGAAGAAGGUUGAUCGCUUCAAGCUCGGGGAGGGGGCCAUGCCGGCCAGCUUCAAGGUGCUACACGACGACAAGAAGGGCGUCGACACGCUGCACGCAGACUUCGGGGAGAGCGCCAUUGGCCGGGUCGCGCCCGUGGACUCCGGGUUCUGGUGGAUCAUACUGCUGCGGGCCUACACCAAGUCCACGGGUGACCUGACGCUGGCGGAGAAGCCCGAGUGCCAGAAGGCCAUGAGGCUCAUACUCAGCCUCUGCCUCUCCGAGGGCUUCGACACCUUCCCCACAUUGCUGUGUGCUGAUGGAUGCUGCAUGAUAGAUCGCAGGAUGGGUGUGUAUGGUUACCCCAUUGAAAUUCAAUCCCUGUUCUUCAUGGCACUGAGGUGUGCUCUUUUAAUGCUUAAGCAUGAUAAUGAAGGGAAAGAUUUUGUGGAGCGGAUUGCAACUCGUCUUCAUGCUUUAAGUUAUCACAUGCGGAGUUACUUUUGGCUGGAUUUCCAGCAGCUAAAUGAUAUUUAUCGUUACAAGACUGAAGAAUAUUCUCACACAGCUGUCAACAAGUUCAAUGUCAUUCCAGAUUCUAUUCCAGACUGGCUGUUUGAUUUUAUGCCUUGUGAAGGUGGUUUUUUUGUUGGCAAUGUCAGUCCUGCAAGGAUGGACUUCCGUUGGUUUGCACUUGGAAACAUGAUUGCCAUAGUAUCAUCUCUUGCCACACCUGAGCAAUCUACGGCUAUAAUGGAUCUCAUUGAGGAGCGGUGGGAAGAGCUAAUUGGUGAAAUGCCUCUGAAGAUAUGCUAUCCUGCCAUUGAGAACCAUGAGUGGCGAAUAGUGACGGGGUGUGACCCAAAAAAUACGAGAUGGAGUUACCACAAUGGAGGAUCUUGGCCAGUACUUCUCUGGCUGCUGACGGCAGCAAGCAUCAAAACUGGACGGCCGCAAAUUGCAAGAAGAGCAAUCGACCUAGCUGAGAGGAGGCUUUUGAAGGAUGGCUGGCCUGAGUAUUAUGAUGGGAAGCUCGGAAAAUAUGUUGGCAAGCAGGCACGGAAAUUUCAAACUUGGUCUAUUGCCGGGUAUUUGGUCGCUAAGAUGCUACUUGAGGACCCUUCACAUCUUGGAAUGAUAGCCCUGGAGGAAGACAAGGCUAUGAAGCCAGUUUUGAGAAGGUCCGCCUCAUGGACAAACUAAGAUAUCGACGAAAACUCUUAGGGGAGCAAAGUCUGGAUUGAAAACACGAAUUCUUUGGGCAGCACUUCUCUCUGCUCAUCCUUUCUUUGACUUUCCUAACGGAAAGGUUUGUUUUCCUCUGGAUUGUACAAUAUCUCAGCUCAUUUCUUGAGUUGGAAAAGAAGCAAUUGUGGAAAUGGGCAUUUUGUUUUGUUUUUCCCUUUCAAUCCCGUGUUGUAAGAAGAUACUUCCGAUUCUUGAUUGGGUCAUCCUGAAGUUAUGGGAUCCUUUUGGUUGGACUCAAACUUUGUUGUACGAGUUGACUAUAGAGAUGAGUAGGCUGAUUCCAGCUCCCUGUGAUGAAAAGAUGUGCUACUCUAACGAAUAAAGGUUCCAUUUUCUGCAGUGCA